UUUACAUUUCUCCAACUUCCUUCUUCCAGUUCAUUUUCUCUCUCUCUCGUAAUGCCAGGCCAAACCCUAACCCUAACUCUAAUCCCAAUUCUUCCAAACCUCGAACUCGAACCCCCUAAAUCCUGACUCUUCAUCUUCUCUUUCUAACUGGGAUCGAAUUCAUUGUUAAUUGCUCUUCAAUUGCCAUGGAUUCGCAGCAGAACAAUUUGUUUGAAACGGCAUCUCAACCCGACACGGGCAACGACGCCUACACAUUUCUUGAGUUCAACACACAGGGGGAAGACUUCGAUUACCCUGAAUUUCGCGACCCUAUCAGGUCCCCUGUAGCGUGGCCGACUCCUUCCGAUUCGUUAGCGGAUCAUACGGACCGUGGUGGCGGGUCCGAUCACCAGUUUGAUACGUCUCCGGUUUCCGCUGCCCCGGGAAGUGCAACGAAAGGCCGGACUGGAGGAGGUUCGGGGAAUACCGGCGGUAACAGUCAAAUGGUUGAUGCAUUGGCAGCCGGGAUGAGUGGGUUGACGUUUGAGGAUACUGGGGAUGAUGAUAAUUAUGAGUUUGGGAAGGGGAAUUUCACCGAGCAUGCUUGUAGGUAUUGUGGGGUUUCGAACCCGGCUUGCGUUGUGAGGUGUAACGUACCCUCGUGCCGUAAGUGGUUCUGUAAUUCGCGAGGGAACACGUCUGGGUCGCAUAUUGUGAAUCAUCUGGUCCGGGCAAAGCAUAAGGAAGUUUGUCUUCACAAAGACAGCCCUCUGGGAGAAACAAUUCUCGAGUGUUACAAUUGUGGAUGCCGAAAUGUGUUCCUCCUUGGAUUUAUUUCUGCGAAGACAGAAAGUGUGGUUGUUCUACUUUGUAGGGAACCUUGCUUAAGUGUAAAUGCUCUUAAGGAUAUGAAUUGGGACUUGAGUCAGUGGUGCCCUCUAAUUGAUGAUAGGUGCUUCUUGCAGUGGCUGGUUAAGAUUCCUUCUGAGCAAGAGCAGUUGAGGGCACGGCAAAUUAGUGCACAACAAAUAAAUAAAAUUGAGGAACUUUGGAAGACAAACCCAGACGCAUCCCUUGAAGAUCUUGAAAAACCUGGUGUGGAUGAUGAACCACAGCCCGUAGCAUUGAAAUAUGAAGAUGCUUAUCAGUAUCAAAAUGUAUUUGCACCUCUCAUCAAGCUUGAAGCUGACUACGAUAAAAUGAUGAAAGAAUCUCAGAGCAAGGAUAAUGUCACUGUACGUUGGGACAUUGGUCUUAACAAGAAGAGGAUAGCUUAUUUUGUCUUUCCAAAGGAGGACAAUGAGUUGCGUCUUGUACCUGGAGAUGAGUUGAGGUUACGUUAUUCUGGUGAUGCAGCCCAUCCGGCUUGGCACUCUGUUGGACAUGUGAUCAAGCUAACUGCGCAGGAAGAGGUUGCACUUGAGCUUCGUGCAAGCCAGGGAGUCCCAGUUGAUGUGGUCCAUGGUUUUAGUGUUGAUUUUGUGUGGAAGAGUACUAGCUUUGACAGAAUGCAGGGAGCUAUGAAGACAUUUGCUGUUGACGAAACCAGUGUUAGUGGUUAUAUCUAUCAUCACUUGUUAGGACAUGAAGUGGAGGUCCAGAUGGUUCGCAAUACACUUCCUCGUCGUUUUGGUGCUCCCGGUCUCCCAGAGCUCAAUGCAUCCCAAGUCUUUGCUGUAAAAAGUGUUCUUCAGAAGCCAAUAAGCUUGAUUCAGGGCCCUCCGGGUACUGGAAAAACCGUGACUUCUGCUGCCAUAGUGUAUCAUAUGGCCAAACAAGGCCAAGGGCAGGUACUGGUCUGUGCCCCUAGUAAUGUGGCUGUGGACCAGCUGGCAGAGAAGAUAAGUGCAACUGGGUUAAAGGUUGUUAGGCUAUGUGCAAAAUCAAGGGAAGCUGUAAGUUCUCCUGUGGAACACUUAACCCUUCACUACCAGGUUCGACAUCUUGACACAUCGGAAAGAAGCGAACUUCAUAAGUUGCAACAAUUGAAAGAUGAACAAGGGGAGCUGUCUAGCAGUGAUGAGAAAAAAUAUAAAGCCCUUAAGAGAGCAACAGAGAGGGAAAUUUCACAGAGUGCAGAUGUUAUUUGUUGCACAUGUGUUGGUGCUGGAGAUCCUCGCUUAUCAAAUUUUAGAUUUCGCCAGGUUCUUAUUGAUGAGUCUACUCAGGCAACGGAACCUGAAUGUCUCAUUCCUCUUGUUCUUGGAGCAAAGCAGGCUGUUCUUGUUGGUGACCAUUGCCAACUGGGACCUGUCAUUAUGUGCAAAAAAGCAGCACGUGCAGGGUUGGCUCAGUCCCUCUUUGAACGUCUUGUUCUUCUUGGUGUGAAGCCAAUUAGAUUGCAGGUCCAAUAUCGUAUGCACCCAUCACUUUCUGAAUUUCCUUCUAACAGCUUCUAUGAGGGCACAUUACAAAAUGGAGUUACCAUCAACGAACGGCAAUCAACAGGCAUUGAUUUCCCAUGGCCAGUUCCGAACCGUCCAAUGUUCUUCUAUGUUCAGAUGGGACAAGAGGAGAUAAGUGCGAGUGGAACUUCGUACUUAAAUAGAACUGAGGCAGCAAAUGUAGAAAAAAUUGUGACCACUUUCUUAAGGAGUGGCGUAGUCCCUAGUCAGAUUGGAGUUAUCACACCGUAUGAGGGGCAAAGAGCUUACAUUGUGAACUAUAUGUCAAGAAAUGGUGCUCUCAGACAGCAACUUUACAAAGAAAUUGAGGUUGCAAGCGUGGAUUCAUUUCAAGGAAGGGAAAAAGAUUACAUCAUAUUGUCAUGUGUGAGGAGUAAUGAACAUCAGGGCAUUGGAUUCCUUAAUGAUCCUCGCAGGCUCAAUGUGGCUUUAACUCGAGCUCGAUAUGGUAUCGUCAUUCUUGGAAACCCGAAGGUUUUGAGUAAACAACCACUGUGGAAUAGCUUAUUGACACAUUACAAGGAACACGAGUGCUUGGUUGAGGGUCCGUUGAAUAACUUAAAACAAAGCAUGAUUCAAUUUCAGAAGCCUAAAAAGAUAUAUAAUGAUCGGCGUCUUUUCUUUGCUGGUGGGCCUGGAGUUGUGCCGAAUGAUAAUUUUGGACCUGUUGCUCCAUCUGGCCCUAAUGCUGAUAGAAGAAGUAGUCGUGGUAGAGGUUCGUACUAUCCUCCUCACCUGCCAAAUGGUGCCCAAAAGCCUGGAGUGCAUGCAUCUGGUUAUCCCAUGCCUCGAGUUCCCCUCCCCUCAUUUCAUGGAGGUCCCCCACAGCCGUAUGCAAUUCCAACACGUGGAGCUGUACAUGGACCAGUUGGUGCUGUUCCUCAUGUUCCUCAACCAGGAAGUAGGGGUUUCGGGGCAGGGAGGGGAAAUGCAGGUGCUCCCAUUGGUAGUCAGCUUCCAAAUCAGCAAGGCUCUCAACAAAAUAUUGGAAAUCUUGGUUCCACUUUUAACUUUCCUGGUUUGGAGAGUCCCAAUAGCCAACCAUCAGUGGGUGGUCCAUUGUCUCAACUUGGGUUUGUUAACAAUAUGCCUGUUCAGCCACCUACUCAAACAUUUCGCGAUGGGUACUCCAUGGGAGGAAUUUCUCAGGACUUCUUGGGCGAUGACUUUAAAAGCCAGGGAUCACAUGUUCCAUAUAAUGUCACUGAUUUCUCCACUCAGGCAUCUCAAACUGGAUAUCCCAUUGAUUAUGUUAGUCAAGGAGCGCAGGGUGGCUUUCCAGGGAGCUUCCUGAACCAGAAUUCUCAAUCUGGAUAUUCCCGUUUUGGAACAGGAAAUGAUUUCAUGUCACAGGACUACAUGAACCAUGGUUCACAAGGUUUAUUUACUCAAGUUGGUUUCAGCGAUCCCUCACUAGAUGAAGCCUCCCAAAGUCAUUAUAAUGUGACCAAUGCAAACCCCCUACAGUCUCAGCAGGGCAUGAUGAAUUCUCUCUACUCCCAGCCCUUUGCACAUUACAAUACACAGCCCUCGACCUUGCAGGCCCCACCACAGCAGCAGCCUCAGCAGGGACAGAGCUCUCAAAAUCAGAAAGUUCAUUUUAGUGGUUGAGAGAGUGUAGGAUUCACAGCGGUGAUGGGUAGUCUUUGCAUCCGGCAACUUGGUGUGCUAUCUGUAUGCAACUGUCUACCUCUUGGUUGCAGAAUUGCUUGCCAUUUUUUGGUCAACAUGAUUAUUCUAUCCACAACCAUUGCUGGUAACAUGUGAUUUGGCAAUCCAUUAAUAACUCAAGAGUGGACAAAAGACGAAGGGGCUUGGCUGUCUUUCAGGAAAACAAGGGCGGCACAUCCAGGGCUGAGAAAGAAAAGAUAACCCAUAUUCCUACUUGAGGUUUUGUGUUAAUGAAUAAAACUACCAAAUGUUAUUUUGUGCGACGGAGCACUCCAUGGCACGGUUUCGGCGGAAGGGGGGGUUCCAUAAUACAUAGGAUCAGCUACAUUUUGUGUGAUAUAACUCUGGGGCAACUGAUUCAUCAUUAAAAAAAAUACAGAGGCAGCAGUCAAAUGGACAUUUUUGUACAGCAGCAGCUGGUGAAAGUUGCCUUAUCAUCAUCCUUUCACCUCCCCGUGACAUGUACCUGUACUCUGCUUUAUCAUUUCAUCAAGUAGAGGAUGGCUAUAGACUAUAGGAAGUAUUAUAUAUUUUUCUUUUGCUUAGUGAUUGCUGCUACCACUCCCCCACACAGGAAUGAAUGUAUUUUGAUAUGGUAUAUAUGUCUUUGGGCCUUUUAGAGUGAAUUAUAUACUCAGCUCUAUCAUGAAGUGUCUCCAUUCCUAAUGCAUUUUGUUUACCUCAUCUUCUUUGAAGGAUAGGCAAUAUGGAAUAGAAAUAUUGAAGGCUAUUGAACAGUUUUAUCUUCUA